AUGGAAGUGGGCCAGGAUACCUUGCCAGAGCUGCAGCGCAUAUUCACUUUUCUGAAUAGCCAUUCGAACAAGCUCUACCAGGAGGGCUACUUCCUCAAGUUUCACGACACCGAUUCUCGCGGCCGUCCAGCCCCGGAUCGAAGGUGGCAAGAAUACUUUGUCCAGCUCGUCGGCACCAUCCUCUCGCUAUGGGAUGCGAGUGCGCUUGACCACGCAGGUGGCGACGCCGAAGUGCUGCCGACCUUUAUCAACCUCACAGAUGCUGCCAUUCACAUGAUCCCCUCCAUGACCCUCAAAGACGGCAAGAAGCUCGAUAAUAUCCUCAGCGUAUCCACAGCCGCAAGCAAUAAAUACCUCUUCCACUUCGAUUCCUACCACGCACUUACCCAGUGGACCGCUGGCAUUCGUCUCGCCAUGUUCGAGCAUACUACACUCUCAGAAGCAUACACAGGAGCUUUGAUCGCAGGAAAAGGCAAGUCGCUGAACAAUAUCCGCAUGAUAUUGGAUCGUCAAUGCGCAAAGUAUGAGGAUUGGGUUCGCGUUCGCUUUGGCGCUGGUACGCCAUGGCGUCGCUGCUGGUGCGUAGUCUCUCCACCGGAUGAGAAGGAAUUCGCCAAGCUGCAAAAGUUACAAAAGAAAGGCAGCUACGAGCGCCCACCAAUACUCAAGGGAGACAUCAAAUUCUACGACACCAAAAAGGUCACCAAAAGAACAAAGGCCAUAGCUACAGUAAGGGACGCAUACUCAUGCUACGCCAUUUACCCACAGUCGAAGCCGCUCAUCGAUCAAUCUACUCUGACCAAGAUCGAGGGCAGGAUCACAGUGCACUCGAACCCCGAGAGCACAACAGAGGGUUUCGUCUUUGUAAUGCCCGAAUCGCGCCCCGCUAUCUCAGGUUUUGAGAUUAUGCUUCAAUAUCUUUUCCCCGUGUUCGAUACAUUUUCCCUAUAUGGGCGUCCCAAGAAGCUUAUUGCCGAUGUUCUGGACACGCGAGGACUCAUGUUUGCUAUGCCCUCACACAGGCGGUACGGAUACUUGGAGAUGUGGGAUGUAGUGGGCCUGAUCAACACUGAAGGGAGCGACAAAUGGUCUGAGCGUCAGUGGAGAAAGCAGCUGAAAGAUCUGACAUCGACACGUAUGAUGUCCUCUGUCACGGACGCAGAGUCUGUUUACAGUCGAGCUAGCCGCAGGAACACGGUUAGCCGGGCAGGCUUUACUCCCCGUGGCUUGCGGUUUGAGGACCAAGGCUCUGUUCGCUCUAGUCCAUCUACACGCCAAUCUUCACCAUCGCGAAGAAUACAGCAGGACCUUGAAGUACAACCGCCGCGUCGAACUGGAACAGCGCCGGCAGGAAUCCCAUUCGGCACGCCGCGCCACCAACGAUCAGUGUCUGAGCAGGUCAAUGGACGCGGCAAUCAAAACACUCCUUCAAGAUUUCCGCAAGCUGAAACCCCCUACGAAGACGAGCGCCCGCCAACUCCACCUCAGCAUCGUAUAUUCAACAAUACCCCGCAGAAUGGAGCUGUUCAGCCUUAUGAGGGGUCUGAUCAUGAUGAGAGCCCUAUUCGGGAGCCACGGGAUCUGCCACAGCCGCCUGCAGAUCUGUCCGCUCCUCCUCAGGGAUUUGUCGAUCUACCCCCUACUCAGACGCACGCUGCCAAUCAGAAGCCACCGAUUCGUCCCAACAUGCCUUUGACGAAACCAAACGCUGCAGUUGACUCUGCCACGCUUCAGCAAAUGGCAGAUGCUUCACACGGCGGCGUAGCUGCUGCAGGUGCAGUCGCGGCCUGGAGAAGCCAGGACACCAUACAGAGCAGACGAAGUGGUGAAUACGGCGAACAAGGAUCGCCAAUCUUGCUUGCUGUCAAUUCGAGGCCACCUCCUUCGAACCAGAACUCCGGCAAUCGUCUGUCGACCAUUCCUGCAUCACCUUAUGUGGAGCAUUCUGAAUUUGUCGAUGUUCCCUCAGGGUAUCAUCCCGUAGCCCCGCCGGUGCCAGAACAUAAUCCAAACGUAAAGCCUCCGUCGGAUCAAGAAUACGGAUACCAAUCUGUGCUGGACCCAUCCCGACCUCCUCCUCCUCCUGCUGCUGCUGCUGCUGCUGCUGUGCCCAGUAUCGACUUUGGGCCGACAUAUGCUUUGGAUUUCAACGAGAAACGACCUGGUACAAGUGGAACUAUGACUCAAAUGUUCCAUGACAACAAUGCCUCGCGCUCAAAUGAGAAUCUUGCGACAACUCCAAAUGAGCAACGACAGUCGUACAUUUCUGACAAGGGUACACCAAAUAUGAACGGACAUCCUCCGACUGGAUUGACUGGAUACAUUGACCACCGGGAAAAGGAAAAGGCAGCUCACAAAGUUAAUCGCAUGAGCUACACACCAGCUAUGCAGUCUGAGAUUGAUAGGCGCACAAUGCAAGCCCAGCAACGGCAGAUAAUGGAGGUUCAGCAGCGCCAGAUGAUGGAAGCCCAGCAACGCCAGCAGCAGAUGGUACAACAACAAGUGCAGCAGCAACAAUACGCAAUGGCGCAGAGCACUUAUGCGCCAAGCAUGAUGGGAACGCCAAGCGGUAUGGGUGCACCGAGCGUGAUGGGUGCACCAAGUGUCAUGGGGGCACCCAGUAUGAUGGGAACUCCUAGUAUGAUGGGUACCCCCAGUGUCAUGGGUAUGCCAACGGGACCCGGGACACCAUUAGGAAUGCCUGGUAUGGCGUUCUCCACGCCCAGUCAGAUGCAUCCAAUGUACCAGCCGCAGCAACAGCAGUACUUUCCUCAGCAAACGCCCACACCGCACAUGCAUGUUCCUGGAGGCUGGGGCACACCCACACCGCAAUCCUCUGGAGGGCAGUAUUUCCCACAGCAACAGCAGCAGCCAACCACGCAGGCAUACGGCGCAAGUUUUGAUCAAGCACAACAGGCCGCGAGACACGCACAUCAACAGCAACAGGGCCAGUACCGACGAUGAACGGAAGCAGUAAUUAAUACGAGAGUGGUCGAGGGCAAUCGGGAUCGAUUGGCCCAUAGCACGACCAGUAAUAAGUAGCGGCACAAGAAAGGAACUAUUACAUUAUUGACGAGCGUGAUGAGAUGCGAGAUUCACUGUAUAUAUAUUCAUGUCGUCUGCAUCACUCCGCGCGUUAUAGAUAGGUUGUAAUAGGCAGGUCAUUGAUGCAUUAAAGGAGCGAACAUUGGGAAUUGUUGUUGUUUGGAUCGCAAAUUAGCAUGGGGUUUCUACGGAAGACGGGGCGGCGUUUGGUAGAAUGAAGUUCCGUUUGUUUUG